AUUCAUGACAUUUUGCAAAAAAAUCAAAACUUUAGGACACAACCAAUUUCAGUCUUUAGAGACGAAAGUCCAUUCAUUUGGCUCAGGGUCUGGGCAUACCAGAUUACCAGCCACCUCUCUCUAUCUCUCUCUCCCGCAAAUUCAUUACACUUGCUAUGGCUUUUUCUCUUCCCUGACAUAUAUUCCCCUCUUUUUUCUUCUCAUACAAAUUACAAUUAUAAACUAAUAAAACCCACUUUCUUUCUGGGUCUUCUUCUACUAUACAGGAUAUAUAUUUAUGCAUCAAUCUUGAAGUGAUCAAUCGAAAUCAUAUAGAUUUCUGGUGUUGGUACUGAAUCUUGUGAGUGGUCGGCUGAUUUUGUUUUUAGCUUGACCACAUCAUGCCCGUUCUGAAGAAAUUAUACAAUGCUUGCAAGGAUUCGUUUACACCUACUGGUCCAAUCUCUGAGGAGGCCCUUGAAAAAGUCCAAGCAAUUCUAGAUGACUUGAAGCCUGCAAAUGUGGGUCUUGAACAGGAGGCUGUAGCAGCGCAAAAAUGGAAACCCUUUGCUAAUGGUAGCAAUGGAAGAAAGGGUCGGAAUGGAAGCCAGCAACAGUAUCCUCCGCCCAUAAAGUAUCUGCACAUACAUGAAUGUGAAAAAUUCUCUAUAGGAAUAUUCUGCAUGCCACCAUCGUCGAUCAUACCUCUGCAUAAUCAUCCUGGAAUGACUGUGUUGAGCAAGCUUCUGUUUGGCUCUUUACAUGUAAAGUCAUAUGAUUGGGUUGACUUACCAGAUCUUCCUGAGUCAUUUCAAGCUAGACCUGCCAAACUGAUUAGAGACUGUGAAAUGAAUGCUCCUUGUAGUACGACCGUAUUGUAUCCAUCAAGAGGUGGCAACAUUCAUUGUUUCAAAGCAAUAACUCCCUGUGCCAUCUUUGACAUUCUUACACCUCCUUAUUCCUCAGAAGAUGGACGGCAUUGUUCUUAUUUCCGGAGAGCUCCUAGUAAAGACUUGCCUGAUGGCAUUGUCGAACAGUUAGAGGGUGUAAAUCUCGACGAAAUUGUUUGGUUAGAAGAAAUUCAACCUCCAGAGAAUUUUGUGGUAUUUCGUGGACAGUAUAAAGGUCCUUUAGUGAAGAAACCUUAGUGUUUAUUCACGUCAUAUGUACAAUAUCAUUGAACAGUCAGUCGAGCUCUGAGCAAUUGGGAGAUGGCCAUUUCAGGUGAGUCGAGGAUUUCUCAUGCUGCUGAGUUGAGUUCUAGUAAUAACUUGCUUUGAGAAGCCUAGACCAGAGUCUGAAAUAUUGGAGGUGUUAACUUGUACAUAUGGAUAUUUUCACUGGGAUCUACGCGCUCAUUUGUAACAGGUGAUAGGUUGAGAUUCUGCUUUAACUUGUUAAAUCCACAUAUUACCUACCUUGCUCUUCAUCUGUAUUUGCCGGCACUAUUUAUCCCUAUAGACUUUUGAUUAUGUUCUC